AUGGCAACAAAAUGUAAUGGUUAUUUAAUAUUUCACACUAAUGACAACAACGACAACACUAGUUUUCAAACUAUAGAUUUUAUAAUGGGCAAUAAUUAUUACUCAUCUUCAAAUGUUCUUAAUGGAAAUAUAGCAAUUGCCACAUUUCUAGGAAACGAUACCUCUAGCGAUGAUUUAUCAACAACGACAAAUUGUGUUCUGAAACCCAACAAUUGGACGACAACAUCAAACAAUGAUAAUGAAACAAAUACAUAUUCAUCAUCCAUUGAUCCUGAUGAUUUUACUACUAUUACCACCAAUAAAACUCCUUCGUCAUCUAAAGAAACAUUCACACCGACAUCCAGACGAAUAAGGGAGAAAAGACUUGGAGAUUGGAAUGUUUUGUUUAACUCGAUACCCUUAUUAUCAUUGAUCAGUGAGAAUGAUGCGAAUCGAGUUUCUAACCUUUUGUCAAAUAUAUCGUCAUCAUCAUUUUCAGUGGAUUUUACGCUAGAUACAGGACCUUGGAUUGGUUUAAUUGAAAGCUGCGGAUUGUUAAUAUCGAGAAUUAUAUUUGGAAUAGUUUAUAUACUUAUAAUAUUGGCAAGCGUUUAUAUGUUAUUCUCGGGAAUAAAUAAGCAAAUAGAUCAGAUCAAAAAUCCAAGACCUUGGCUGCUUGGAGGGAUUGCUUUAAGCUUAACUGUGUUUCUUACAAUGGUUGAGUACGAUCCUUGGGCAAUAUAUCUUGAUAGAUUAUCAGAAACAGCGUAUGAAUCUAUUGUUGGUGCUGGCUAUCUUUUAUUAUGUCUUUGUUAUGCUGGGUUUUUAUUUCCAUGGAUGAAGGCUACAAAGAACUUAUCAGAAGAAUUCAAUUAUAAAGUUUUUAGAAUAAGAUCUUUAAUGAAAAUAUUUAUAUAUGGAGUAUUCUUUGCAGCAUUGAUCAAAAUAGUUUCGUUUAUAAUAUAUUUAUUACUAUUUGCUAUAAUAAGCGAUGAUAACGUAGACAGCGAUAUGAAAAUUGUUGGUAUAUUGGAAUUAAUAUUUCUUGUAUUAGAAUGUGUAUUUGGCGCGAUUGUAUCGUUGGCAUUUGGUAUAUUUGGAUUCUGCAUGUCAAGUGCUAUAAAUUAUAAUGGUAAUUCUUCAUUACAACGUCAUAUUAGGAAUAGUAGAAAAAGAAUGAAUUUUCAAGCUUAUUUAUUUAAAGAAAAAAUAAAG